AUGCAGCACGAAGAGGAAUUAAAGGCGUUGAAAAAAUUAGUGGACAAACAAUUUCCCAUCAUAAAUGAGCUUAUAGAAGCUGAUAAAACCAACGGCAUCAAGGGUCUGUUAAACAAAAUGAAAGGGGAACAGUCUGCUGCACGUACACUGCUCGAUGAAAUCAAAGAUCUCGUACCAACUCCACUUCCGAAAGCCGCGCAAACUAAUGAAAAGUUUUCUGAACUCUCGCAGAAAUUCCAAGAAUACUCCACAUCAAUCUUCGACUACAUCACCACGCAAGUCAGACCUAAAUCACAUAAGGCCUCCGACACUGAGGUGAAAAAUGUGGAGAAAAUCAAAGAAGCAUUAAACACUCUACUUAAAUAUCUUAUAGACAGCACUAGUAGAAAAUUAUAUUUUGACCACACUUCUCAAACUCAUUUAGAUACACUCAACACGCUGGUCACCGGCCUGGCGCCAACUCUAUUCGCCGGCUACAGCCACCCGGAACUACUGGACGCUUUGAAAGGCGGAUUGAAGGAGAUGACUGAGCAACUGGAGAAGGCGUACGUGUCGAAAUAUUCGGGCGCAGAGCAAAUUACAUGGGAGGAAUCAAAGGGCAAGACGGGUGAGCCUAAAUUAAGUGCCGACGCCAUGAGAUGCGGUAAGGCGUGUCUCACACUUUUGAAAAUCGUUUAUGAUGAUCUUACCAGGUUGAAGUAUGAAUGCGAACGUGACUGGAAAGACCAAAGAUUGUGCGAAACGAAUGGCCAUGGAAACAAUCCACUUGGUUUGUUCCUACAGCGAUGUGGCUACAAGAUCGCCGAAAAGCACACUUCUAAGGACGGUGAAUCUCAAUGCAAAACGAGUGUAACUGGUGGAAAGAUUCUCGAUGAACUUCUUAAAGUAGAGAUUCCGAAAGCCGCAACCAAUAAGCAUUUUGAAACGUGUACGGCAAAAAGCCUAACGACAAUUAACGUCCCAGUCGUUCUUGGUUGCCUUUACACUCACCUCACAGAAUACAAUAGAGUGUGUCACAUAACUAUUCACCCUAGACCUAAAUCUCCGUAUAGUGUCAAUGAUAUGCUUUCUUGGCUUUGUGGCGUCAGAUUUAACCGUGUAUAUGGCAGCCUGCUUGAUGCCAUUAAAAGCAAAUUUGAUAAGCCGGAAUACUACAAGAAUAAGAAGCACUCUGAGAUUCCCCUAACCCGAUUAUCAAUGGAUGCCCAUCCAUACAACGUAGCAUAUACAGAUUUAUUUAAUGUCGUACAACACAUUACAUCCAUAUCCCAUGACCUGCUCACCACUAUCCUAGGCCACGGCGAUGAACACACCCUGUAUGCCUCUGACUUUAGCAACAAUUACCUUAAUUUUAGUUACCCCUCUUCCGGGGAAGCUUGUUUAGAUACAUUGCUUGACAUAUUACGUAGAAUGUUUCCCGUAUGUAGAUUCUUAUAUAGCCAAUGUAAUAGUCUGUCAUCCGACUUUGGUUGGGCCGGCUGCCAGUAUGGCAAGGAAGUCAAACACGCUAACUGGCAGUGCGACAAGCAUAUUGCUGAUAAGGAAUCUGACUGCGUUCCCAGGUCACCGCUUAUGUCGUACUUUACCGACAGUCUUCCCGGUCACUUACCUCACCAGCUAUCCUCCAUCGGUUGUAGAGCUACAUGUUCCACCUGCCCCAAAUCCAAGCCCGGGCAGCCAUGUUUAACGCCACUUGGCUUCAGAGGUUUCUCUGGAAGUACGCGCCUGGGCAAAGACCUAUGUAACGUGCUGACCAAAAUGCUCGAUGACGCCGACCUCAGAUCCCUAUUCUGCCUUAAACCGAAAACGCCGGCUUCGCUCCCAGAGCAUUUCGGAUUUGUGCUGUCACUAGUGAGAGAUUGGAAUGACGGUAAAAAUCCACAUAAGAGUCCUCUCGAGAAAGAGUUUGAGAAAUCUAUAAAAGGCCAAUCUAUUGAUCUGUAUAAGAAAGCAGGUGAGCUCACCGGUGCGCUUCGUGACGCAUACCGUAGUAGGCAUUACAAUUAUGCUGAUAAUAGUCAUCGUCCUCUAUAUGACGAUUUAUCAAGUCUUUCUAUGACAUCGUCGUGUAGUGACCCUAUUAAAAAUACAUUGUGCGCCCCCUACCUUUCAUCGUUAUCCUGCGACUCCAAUUAUUACCUGGCACUGAAGCAUUGCAACACAUAUUUGUCGUGGGCCAUCUACCUCCCAUGGACGUUCUGGGAUUUACUCAACAAUUUAUAUAAUGCCUUUUGCCAAAUCACUUGUGCAGAUUGGGGAUGCAGAGGAUGUCUCAGAGGAGACAAGUGCAAGAGUGGCAAGCAUGGUGUCGUUGAGGAUGAGAAGAAACCAGAUGACGUCUGUCAGUGUGAAUCCAUAGUAUCCUGCAGAGGCGUGGCACCGACGCUCUACCAGUAUGGGUUCAGCUUCGGCGAGGCGUCGACGUUGAAUGGUGGUAGCACGGCGAAGAAGUGUAAGGAUUUCUGUGGUCAGUUAUAUAACGUGUUACAUUCUGAUUACUUUGAUAAGCUGUUCAAGGAAUGUGACAAUUUCCUGAAAGAAAUCAGAUGGCCAUUUAUGUGUACAUUAUUAGCCCUCUGGUCGCUCUCGCUCCUCUACCUGCUGCACAUCCUCGUCGUACGCCUCGACGUCCUGAGGAUACGCUCGCACCUGCGCUCGCCCUCAAGCCACCGCAUCGCCGCACAGUCCCUCCUCGCCGCCGCACGCGUCAAGGCACUCGCCAACGUCAAGUACUUCUCACCAUAA